UCUCUCUCUAUUUUCUGAUAUUACAUUAUUAUUGUCAUUGGAGUUAUACGCUACCUUGUUUCUCGCGACCUACAAUAUACUACACAAUGAAAGUCACCAUCAAGGAAUGGAACGCCGUCGCGUCGUGGCGCUGGAACAUGCCCGAAGACGAAGUGUGUGGUAUCUGUCGCGUCCAGUUUGACGGCACCUGUCCAACCUGCAAAUUCCCUGGCGAUGAUUGCGCGCUGUUGCUUGGAAAAUGCGGUCAUUCCUUCCACAUGCAUUGUCUCUUGACUUGGAUCCAGCAAGAGUCGUCGAAAGGACUGUGUCCGAUGUGUCGACAAAAAUUCGAAUGGAAACAGAGCGACGAAUCCGCGUAACUUGGUUACGACUCGGUGGUUUCUACCUUACACUUUUAGUUUACGGUGCAUUUCUGGUGUUAUUGGAUGUAUACGAGAUACCCCUGCAUAAAGCUGAACUAUUUCAUGAUGAAUGAAUAAAUUCUCCGACUGCAACUUUGAUCAGACUUCAG